AUGGCCGUUGACGAGGCUCCCUUACUCCUUACCCACGUGUGUAGAAGGUGGAGGGACGCUGCUCUGUCGAUGCCAGUGCUAUGGCAGAACCUCCAUAUUCCUCUUCCCGCCUGCCCAGUCAGACCCCAUCGAAUUCCUUCCGCCCAAUCAACGUCCGGUUCGCAAUCUGCGGCCCCUUCCCUACCACCUGUUCAAACUUUGGUCAACAUUUGGGGGGCACCGCCGAUUCUAAUGGGCCAACCAGUGACAGUUGCACCACCUGCACUCAGGCCCGAGGAGAUACACGUCAUUCACCAUUUGCAACAACUCUACGAAACGGCAAUCUCCACAUGGAAGCGCAAAAUGAUCCUGAGAAUAGAGGCGGUCGAUGCAUGGCUUUCCCGCUCAGGAAACCUCAAGCUCGGACUCAACAUUGUCGAGUGGUCACCACCUCCUGACCGGCGCACUAUCACCAAUGGUUGGAAGAUCAAACUUGCCCCUUUGAAGAUCCAGUUGAUCGAGGUCCUUAGGAAACACAAGCACAAGUGGCAAAGGUUGGAGUUGAGUGUCACUUGGAGGUUCUUAUCCGAGAUAUUGGCGACGGAAGCGGAGAAUCUCGCGUAUCUCAAGAUCAACCACGCUCCUAUGUCCCCUCCUAACAUUGCCGAAUCCAACCAACGCUUUAUCAUCCAACGACCUGGUGCUAUAGAGGACUCGUCGGACGAUGAUGAACUGGACGAUCUGGAUGCGGAGAACCCAGAAGAACAUGUCACGGCAGCUCAAAGCGCUGCUCAACAAAUGUUUAUGAAGAGCGCGUUGUUGAAGUCGUCGCGGGAGAGUUUGAGGACGCUCUACCUCAAAGCACUCACCACCGACCUGUUCCUUCUCCCUGUUAAAUGGGAGAAUAUCACGGAGCUGUUUUUCGAAGGCUACUCCAGUCGGUUCUCCUCCUGGACUCCUCUCCCACUCAUCGGUGUCCAUUCUAGGUUCACGAAGCAGGAAGCUGCUCUGCUUCUGGCUAAACUCACGAACCUGAGGAAGUGCCAUAUGUUGGUCGGUAGAGCGGAUAGGAGGAGACCGAGCGUCGCCAACUUGCUACCAGAGACCAAGGAGCCUAUCGUUCUUCAAUAUCUCGAGCAUCUCUCCAUCCACGAAACCAACGCACGUCAGGAAGAAUCUCUCGCUUCCUUCUUUUCGGCUUUCGAAUUCCCCGCCUUGCAAUCUAUCGUAUUCACGACCACGGUAUUUCCCAGACUUUCGCGUCCAUCGUCCCUCCUUGCCAUCCUCGCCUCGUGCGGUCCCAACAUCCGACGGCUAGCCAUCGAUUACAGGAGCUUCACCGAACGAGAUCUGAUGCAGGUUUUGAGCAUUGUCAGCGGGACAGUGGAGGAGGUAUUCUUGACGGUGGAUUAUUGGGAGACGAGAGAAGGACAUUGGGAUUACGACGAAGACCAUGGGCCGCACUGGCAUGGCGGAAAUGAUUCGAAUUCGCGAUUCUUCCCUGUAUUCUUGACGAACGGCUUCUUGAAGAAGCUGACACCUAGGAUACCCAGGGAUGACGACGAGAGCGGGUCGGACUCGGGUGCGGAUGCGGAUGCGCAGGGAGAAGAAGUCGAGGUACUUUGUCCCAACCUCACAUCUUUCACCUGCAGAUUGAGGACCGCAGAAUUUGAUGAAGCCGCGUUGCUGCGGUUUGUGCAUGCGAGGAGACACUGGAAAGUGUUGCAGGCGGGGAAGAUUAAGAAGAUGAUUGAGAAGGUCAAAAUCCAGUUUGCGAUGCCCAAGUCACAGCGUGCUGCUGAAUUCCGGGAGGAGGGAGGGCGCAGUGAUCACAGUGUCUUUUUCAACCAGCUCGCGACGGUGUCUUCGAGCAGCAAGAAGUAUGUCCACCCAUUCGUAUAUCAAAGCCUCAAGCACGAUCCCAUGGUCUCGCUGGUCGAGGCUUCCGCACCUCCGUUCGCCUAUCCGUUCUCUUCAUCGAGAAACCCUCGGUUCAGCGCGCCACCAUUAGAAGUCGAGCUCUUCUGGCCACCGGAAACCAGGAUAUCGUUCUUCCCUCGCGGAUUCCCCGACAUUCCAGGCUAUGCAGCAGGCGCAGUACAUUCAACAGUCUGGUCCCCUGCUUGUGGCGCACUUGGAACGUGUACUCUUCCUGGAAAUGGGGUCAGCGAGAAUGGAGGUCUGACGGAGAGUGGUGUCAGAAUAUUUUGAACCGCGCGAGUGGAAUUUUGACUAUUGGGCCCCGCAGUUGUAUUGUUGUUGUAUUGGUACUUUUUUUGGCUUUGAAUCUUUGAUGUAUUUUUAGUGACAGAUUGUGUGUACUUUACCAAUGCGAUGUGCUGUACCUUCCGACUUUC